AUGAAGAAACUGGGUACAAACAGGACUGGCUUUUGCUGCUGGAUCCUAUCCAACAUCCUCUUCUCGAUGCCUGUUGUCCUGUACGCUGGAUACAUGAUGCUGGCCACGUCUGCCUGUAUCUUCAUUUCCAUAGCCUCCUUCUCCGCCAUCAAGAACGCUCCACAGUGUGUCUUCUCUAUUGGCACAAACUCCCUUGUGACAGAGUACAGCCAUUCAUUUUGGCUGGCCGUGGCUACAGGUCUUUUGUGUGCCACCAUUGGAAUCCUGGUUGUGGUGUUGUAUUUUUUGAUACCAGACAAACUGAAGGAAGCAUUUAGUGCUGGUGUCUACAUAGAUGAAGAUGAUGACAGUUCGUCCAGAGAAGGCUAUUUCAACACCAUUUUCCUCGAUGGAGUCAUAGUUACACCAGCUACAUCCAAAAGACAUAUAUGACAACAUCCAGACG